AUGCAAGGUUACCAGAGCUCCAUGGCAGAGCGAUUUCCCUCCAGUGGAGCCCAUCUAGAUGUUGCAGUUCUUUCACCCCAAGACCAAGCUCUGUGGGUACCGAGACCUGGAAUUCCCUGCCCAAAUGACCUCCUCCCUGCUUCUGCAUCCUGUAUGAGCCUCUUUCCUAGAUCAUCAUUGAAAGAUGGACUGUAUGCUGGUAAAAAGAUGGCCUACCAGAAGGUCAGUGCAGAUCAGAGAGCUCCAGGACACUCACAGUACUUAGACAAUGAUGACCUUCAAGCCACUGCCCUUGACUUAGAGUGGGACAUGGAGAAGGAACUGGAGGAACCUGGUUUUGACCAGUUCCAGUUAGAUAGUACUGAGAAUCAGAACCUGGGACAUUCAGAGACUGCAGACCUUAAUCUUGAUUCCAUUCAACGAGCAACUUCACCAAAAGGAAGGUUCCAGCGACUUCAAGAAGAGUCUGACUAUGUUGCACAUUAUCAAAGAUCUGCACCAAAGAGCAACCGCUGCAACUUUUGCUACCUUUUAAAAAUAUUUUGCACAGCCACCAUUUUAUUUAUUUUUGGAAUUUUGAUAGGUUAUUAUGCACAUAAAAAUCGCCCUUCAGAUGCUACAUCUUCAGGGACAGCUGAUCCUCAGUUAUACCAAGAGAUUCUUAAGACAAUCCAAGCGGAAGAUAUUAAGAAAUCUUUCAGAAAUCUGGUACAACUGUAUAAAAGUGAAGAUGACAUGGAAAUUUCAGAGAAGAUUAAGACUCAUUGGACUUCUUUGGGCCUAGAAGAUGUACAGUUUGUAAAUUACUCUGUGCUGCUUAAUCUGCCGGGCCCUUCUCCCAGCACUGUGACUCUGAGCAGCAGUGGCCAAUGCUUUCAUCCGAAUGGCCAGCCUUGUCGUGAAGAAGCCAGAAAAGAUAGCAGCCAAGAUCUGCUCUACUCAUACGCAGCCUAUUCUGCCAAAGGAUCUCUCGAGGCUGAAGUCAUUGAUGUGAGUUAUGGAACUACAGAUGAUUUAAAAAGGAUUAAAAAAAUGAAAAAUGUAACAAAUCAUAUUGCACUCCUGAAAUUAGGGAAAUUUCCACUACUUUAUAAGCUUUCCUUAUUGGAGAAGGCUGGAUUUGGAGGUGUUCUUCUAUAUAUUGAUCCUUGUGAUUUACCAAAGACGGCAAAUCUUAGUUAUGAAACCUUCAUGGUGUCACUGAAUCCAGGAGGAGACCCUUCUACGCCUGGUUACCCAAGUGUUGAUGGAAGCUUUAGACAAAGCCGAUCAAACCUCACCUCUCUGUUAGUGCAGCCCAUCUCCGCAUCCCUCGUUGCAAAACUGGUCUCCUCAGCAAAAGCUAGAGCCAGAAACAAUGUCUGUAGCCCUCUAGAACUUCCAAAUAACGAAAUAAGAAUUGUCAACAUGCAAGUUCAGACAGUCACAAAUUUCAAAACAGUUUCUAAUGUUGUUGGAUAUGUGAAGGGCUUGAUAUCUCCGGACCGGUAUAUCAUGGUUGGCAGCCACCAUCAUACUGCAUACAGUUAUAAUGGGCAAGAAUGGGCCAGUAGUACUGCAAUAAUCACAGCUUUUAUCCAGGCCUUGAUGUUAAGAGUUAAGAAAGGGUGGAGACCGGACCGCACUAUUGUUUUCUGUUCGUGGGGAGGAACAGCUUUUGGCAAUAUUGGCUCAUAUGAAUGGGGAGAGGAUUUCAAGACGGUGCUGCAGAAAAAUGUCGUGGCUUAUGUUAGCCUCCAUAGUCCCAUAAGGGGUAACUUGAGUCUACAUUCUGUCGCAUCACCGUCUCUUCAGCAACUGGUAGCAGAGAAAAAUAACUUCAACUGUACCAGAAGAGCUCACUGUCCAGAAACCAAUGUCAGUUCUGUACAGAUACAAGGUGAUGCUGAUUAUUUCAUCAACUAUCUCGGAGUUCCCACCGUGCAGUUCGCUUAUGAGGACAUCAAAGCAUUAGAGGGUCCAAGUUUUCUCUCUGAGGCCCUUUUUCCUAAACAUGCAUCAAAAAUUGAAGAAAUGGAUCCUUUUUUCAACCUUCAUGAAACCGUUACCAAGCUCUCAGGAGAAGUGAUUUUGCAAAUUGCCAAUGAUCCAGUUCUUCCCUUUAAUGCUCUCGAUAUAGCUUUAGAAGUUCAAAGCAGCCUUAAAGGUGAUCAACCCGACACUCGUCAACUGCUAGCCAUGGCAUCUCGCCUGCGGGAGAGUGCAGAACUAUUUCAGUCAGAUGAGAUGCGACCCGCUAAUGAUCCCAAGGAGAGAGCCCCCAUCCGUGUGCGAAUGCUGAAUGACAUUCUCCAAGACAUGGAGAAAAGCUUCCUGGUGCAGCAAGUGCCACCAGGUUUUUACAGAAAUAUCCUGUACCACCUGGAUGAGAAGACAAGCCGAUUUUCAAUCAUUGUGGAGGCCUGGGAGCACGGCAAGCCACUUGCAUCAAAUGAGACCCUUCAAGAAGCCUUGUCAGAGGUGCUGAACAGCAUUAAUUCAGCUCAGGUUUACUUCAAAGCAGGACUUGAUGUUUUCGAGAGUGUCUUGGUUGGAAAGAACUGA